AAAACGUAUUUCCGCGAUGUCGCCUGAUCAUGAAGUGAUUUCCGAAUCUGUCACUGAAACUCGAUACCCGAUUUUGACCUCAACGCACUGUUGUCACGUUUGGCUCGUCCUACGCGACAACCAGACAGCAAGCUUUAUUUGCAAGGCUAUAACAUCGUUAAGCAUUGUAAAAGAACAGGGUAAGUUUGAAAACCGAAAGCUUCUGCUCGGUGGACACGUAUAAAUCCUCGCUAACAUGCGGAUGUCUUAUUUGUAUACGGUUUGCUGGUUUGUCGUCAUGUCUGUUAUUUUAUCUUAUUACUACAUUAGUAUCGUCGGAGAUACUCAUGAGAGAUUGACGGAUGCCGGCGAUAUUAGUAUGAACACUAUGAACAAGAAUGUUUCUUUUAAGGUGCUACAGCGAGUACAAAAUGCACUGAAGGAAGAACAGUUGUCUAGUAUUGGCUUUGACGACGCUUUGAUGUCAAGAGCAAUUCAGGCUGGUAAUCUUACUCGCUUAAAGAACGUUCUCAAGAAAGUUUUAAGAGGUGAAGACAUCAAUCUAUUGGUCAUUGGAGGCUCUAACAGCGCUGGCGGAAAAUUAGGACUUGACGAGAAUAGCUUGGAUGGAUUAUAUUUUAAAGUGUUCGCGAAAUGGUGGAACAACACCUUUGGCAAAGCGAUCAAGUCCUUCGUGAAAGAGAUUCAGUUAUCAAUCGGAGCCACCGGAAGCCCUUUCUUUGCGUUUUGCUACAAAACGUUCAUUGUAGAAGGUAAUGUGGGUUACAAGGCCAAGCCGCUUAAUCCAACGUGCAGAAACCUAGAGACUUUUGGACAAACACAGCUUGCUCGCCAUUAUGAAAUUACGUCGUUCAGUUUAAAGGAGGUAUUUUGUCGCAAGGACGAAAGAGGUCAGUGGAAAAUAAUUUUAACAAACAUGACUGGGUCCGAUGGUAACCAUAUUGGCCUCAAGGCGCAUGCUCUAGUAGCUUCCCUGAUGAUUAAACAUGUGAGGAGCGUUACACAAGAACUUAUCGAUGACGUCUAUAAUGUGGAUGGAGGACACGGAAGUUCUGCUUUACCGAAGUUCUUGCUUAUCGAACGUGAAAGCGGAGCUUUGAAAAAGCCUUUGUGCUGGACUGGGAAAACGCCAAAUGCUUUUAAAAAUCUUCACCAUCCAAGUCUUCAACUUGAAGUUAUAAACAACAGAAGCUUUUCAUCGUGUUUUCAAGUGCGCGGAAAAAACAUGAAUGCUAAGAGUGUGUCCAAAGAGCUUCGUACCGAUUCUCAGGGAGGUUGGUGUGCGUCGAAAAGCUUCAGCACCCUUCAGCUGAAGAUCUAUGUUCCAAUGAUUGCUGUAAAUAGUUCCCGAAGAACACGAUCGGUGAUAGUUUUAAGUAGGUUCUAUAGCAGAGGCCAGGCUGAGAUAUGGCUGGAUAACAACAAAGACAAAGCUAUUAAGACCGACUCAAACUCAAAACAGGAUCGGUAUGAUACAAUCGCAACAAGAGUGAACCCAGGCUACCAUACGAUCACGGUCAGAACUUUACGGGACGGAGUGUUUAUGGUUUCUGGAGUGCUUGUUGGACCCCCUGACUUUGGAUUUGGGACUGAUGCGUUACACUGUUAAUGAGCAAUGAAAGUGAACAACAACAAUAAAUAAAUCUUUAUUUUCCUUCAUUUUAAAAUUACAUGUUAUUUGUACCGCGGAUAGCAAGUGCUAAUCUAGGCGGGCCAUGAAUCGCUUGUACAUAUAACUAGAUUAAUCAGAAAACAAUAACGACAAUUAAUUUAAGAUUAAAGAUAUAGUGGACAUUAUUAUCGUUUCUGCAUAUUACGACCACUAAAAUAAAAUAAGGGGAGAAUAAUAAAAGACGACAUUGAUUUUAAUUACUUAAUGCCAUUUCAGAUACAUACAGAUACUUAAAGAUAGUAGACGCAAUCUGAACUGUACUGUAGGCAA